GAAGCUAUUGCCCUUCCAUGACUUUGAGGGAUUUCUUUGCCCUACACAGGAAUGAACAACCAUGACCCGCGGAUGCAGCAAGGCCCAGCGUUUAGCUUCGGCACACGUCAUCGUGACUCACAUGCCAACUCUUCCCCAGGUCCUGGAUACCUCGUUCCCUCCAACAUCACCAGGGUGGGUCGGGAUGGAACCCCUGCGUACUCCGUCUACGGCCGACCUAAGGAUAUUCAGCCCUUUAAAACCCCUGGCCCAGGCAGUUACUCCCCUGAAAAUGCAAUAAAAACCACCUUUCACUCUGCCCCUGCGUUCUCUCUGUCUGCAAGGACUAAACUGUUUCGUAAUGACCAAACACCAGGUCCGGCUGCAUACAUGCUUCCCCCAGUAUUAGGGCCAAGAGUUGUGAAUAAAGCGUCUGCCCCAAAUGUCUUCUUUGGCGGUCGUAGCGAAAUCGGCAGCUUCUAUGAAGAUCUACGGAAGACUCCAGGCCCAGGGACCUACCAAGUGGUGAAUUCAGGGGUGUACAAACGCAAGUCCCCUGAGUACAGCAUGACCGGACGCAACUUCUCACCCGGAGACACUACAAAGAAACCAGGACCUGGAGCCCAUCAUCCAGAAAGGGUUACUUUCACAGGAACCAAAGCUCCCAGCUUUUCAUUUGGAAUUCGACAUUCAGAGUACACCUUUCCUUUAAUUGUGGAUGGGGCUGAUUAAACAGGUCAAUUCUGUUAAACAAGCCUGUCUGUUGUGUCAGGUCUUUAACGGUGUUUCAUAAAAGUAGUAGAUGCAGUAAUUGUGCUGUUGGUACAAUAUAAGAAAUAAGCUCCAUUCCAAAACCAAGUGAAGCAAGUCUACCUAGACUA